GACAGAGCCAAGGAGGAGGGCAGUUGCUGCUCCGCAACUAGCGACACACAGAGGAAAGCGAAAAGCGAAAAGCGGAGUGCCAGAGAACUGUGCUCGCAAGUGCAGGUUUGGGAAAUCCUUGACUAAUUUGGUUUACAUUUCCCACGGACAGACACAAACAGAGGCACGAGGGGCCGGGAAUUGGCACGACGAUGAGUUGGAUCCCGUUGUAUUUGUUCCUGCAAUAAUUUAAUCGGAGAGUUUUCUGCUGUUGUGAAAAGCGAGCGGUUUUAAUUUUUUUUUUAUCAGGAACUCUACAAUAGAACCGGUAACUGCAGAACAAGACUACGAAUUGCACUUUCUCAUUGAUUAAAAGAAAAACUGCACUACGCUUGUUUGUUGUAUGUAAGGUUAUUGCGUUUUUAUUUAUCAUAUCGAAUCGCCGACUUUAUUCCUUCGACUCGAGUUCCUAUCUCUCUGUCGAACUCUACGGAAUGAUUUUGCAGCGUCCAUCCUUGACUGUUGAUAUUUAAUUAUAUGUUGUUGACUUUUACUUUUGAGUUUUAGUAUUUUUUUUUUUUUUUUUGCAGUUCUGUUUUUUUAUUCUGCAAGCUGGCAUUGCACCGUUAAAUAUAUAUAAAUAUAUAUCAAGGAAGCAGUACGUAACGGAGCAUUUGAAAAGCAGCCUGAGGGAUGAGACUUAAUCUAUAAGAGGAAUUGUGACUAUAACUGAAAACCCAAAUCUGCAGUCCAUUUAAAAAGGUCUGGUAGUCAACAGCCUUUCCCUGCCCCCCCGAGGAACUCCUGGUACACACCCUGCCUGCCUCCCACACAGUGCCAUGAGGAAGUUUGCCUACUGCAAGGUGGUGCUGGCCACCUCGCUGGUCUGGGUCAUGCUGGACAUGUUCAUCCUGCUCUACUUCAGCGAAUGCAACAAGUGCGAGGAGAAGAAGGAGAGGGGCCUGCCUGGCCAUGAAGUGGUGAUCCAGAAGCCUCAGGAAGGCCCUGGGGAGAUGGGUAAGCCCGUAGUGAUCCCGAAAGAUAACCAGGAAAAGAUGAAGGAGAUGUUUAAAAUCAACCAGUUCAACCUCAUGGCCAGUGAGAUGAUCGCUCUCAACAGAUCUUUACCUGAUGUCAGGUUAGAAGGGUGUAAGAACAAGCUGUACCAAGACGACCUGCCUCGCACGAGCGUCGUGAUCGUGUUUCACAAUGAGGCGUGGAGCACGCUGCUGCGCACGGUGCAGAGUGUCAUCAAUCGCUCACCACGCCACCUGCUGGAGGAAGUGGUUCUGGUGGACGACGCCAGCGAGAGGGAUUUCCUGAAGCGGCCCCUGGAGCAGUAUGUGCGGCAGCUAGAGGUGCCGGUGCGGGUGGUGCGGAUGGAGCAGCGGUCAGGGUUGAUCCGGGCCCGGCUCAGGGGGGCCUCCCUCUCCACCGGCCAGGUCAUCACCUUCCUGGACGCUCACUGCGAGUGCACCAUGGGCUGGCUGGAGCCGCUGCUCGCCAGGAUCAAACUGGACAGGAGGACAGUGGUGUGUCCCAUUAUCGACGUGAUCAGUGAUGACACCUUCGAGUACAUGGCAGGCUCAGACAUGACAUACGGAGGAUUUAACUGGAAGCUGAAUUUCCGCUGGUAUCCCGUGCCUCAGAGAGAAAUGGACAGAAGGAAAGGAGACCGGACCCUGCCUGUAAGGACCCCCACUAUGGCAGGAGGCCUUUUCUCCAUAGACAGGGACUACUUCCAAGAAAUCGGGACGUACGAUGCAGGCAUGGAUAUCUGGGGAGGAGAGAACCUGGAAAUUUCCUUCAGAAUCUGGCAGUGUGGCGGCACCCUGGAGAUCGUGACGUGUUCCCACGUAGGCCACGUGUUCCGGAAAGCCACUCCUUACACAUUCCCCGGUGGGACCGGCCAGAUCAUCAACAAGAACAACCGGCGCCUGGCAGAGGUGUGGAUGGACGAAUUCAAGAACUUCUUCUACAUCAUCUCCCCAGGUGUCACCAAAGUGGAUUACGGGGACAUUUCUGCAAGAGCGAUGCUGAGACAGAAGCUGCAGUGCAAGCCCUUCUCCUGGUACCUGGAGAAUGUGUACCCCGACUCCCAGAUCCCUCGCCAUUACUUCUCCCUCGGAGAGAUCCGAAAUGUAGAAACUAACCAAUGUCUGGAUAACAUGGCAAGGAAAGAAAACGAGAAAGUGGGAAUCUUUAACUGCCAUGGAAUGGGAGGGAACCAGGUUUUCUCCUAUACUGCUAAUAAAGAAAUCCGCACAGAUGAUUUGUGUUUGGAUUUGUCCAAGCUGAAUGGCCCCGUCAUGAUGCUCAAGUGUCAUCACCUGAAAGGCAAUCAGCUGUGGGAGUACGACCCUCUGAAACUGACCCUGGUGCAUGUGAACAGUAACCAGUGCCUGGACAAAGCCACGGAAGUGGACAGCCAAGUGCCGAGCGUCAAAGACUGCAACGGGAGCCGCUCCCAGCAAUGGCUGCUCCGCAACGUCACGCUCCCAGAGAUUUUCUAACAUCCCGGGGAUAUGAAUAUGAAAACAAAGAAAGAAAGAUUUCGACUGGGCUACCUCGGCAUACCCUUCCGCCACACUCUGAUACAGAAAACAGUGUCUCACUUAACAGGGACCACUCCCUGCCACGAGAUUUUAGAGACUCUAGCGACAAAAGAAUCAAGACUUGAUAGUUGUGCACUUGCCUUCUUUCGCAAGGGUGUGAAACUUCAUCGAUCUGGUGCAACUGUGCACAUGUUUAUGUUUACGUGACAGCCUUUCUGACUGUUUUGUUUAGUUUUUUCUUUUUCUUUCUUUUUUUUUUAAAUAAGGUGAAAAGGGCAACAAAGUGUUUCAUAUCAAAGGAUAAUUUUACAGGAUUUUCAGUGAAGCUGAUACAUAAUCAAUGGAGUGGCUUCUUAGGAGAGAACAGCAUAUCAUUGCUGUUUACAUGCACAUCCAUCUCGCUGACUGGAAAAGCCAGCCUAUUCUUCACAAGCCAUUUCCUAGGAUAUCAUUCACUGUCUCCUGUACCUGCAAAUGCACACGGGAAUGUAAGGGUUGAACAGAGCACCGGAUUGUAUUUGUUAUGAAAAGACUUGUGUUAUUAAGCAGAAAAAAUGAUAAAACUGGGUUGAAAUGACUUAAGUUUUAAAAAAAAAAUACAGUUUGUGAUAUUGAAUAUCUAAUUCAAUUUAUGUCCUUACGUCAUGAUGUUUUUUUUUUUUUUUUUAUACGUGUUUGUGAGUGUGCCACAGAACAUGUUUUUUUUUUUUAAAUUAGAAGUUCACAUAGCUAAAGAAUAUCCAGUUAGAUGUUUUAAUACCCCAGGUCAAUUGCCUUUUGGUUUGCUAUUUUUCAUUUUCUUCCUGGUCCUGUGGUCUGUCUGUGAUGUCUGCAUUUUUACAGUGCCACUACAAGAUGUACUGUCCUGCUAGACUACUGUGCUACUAUCUCAGUCUCCCCUCAGCUGGUCACCCUCUGAAAUACACCUUUGUACUUUUAAAUUGGUUUUAGCAUUGCAUUUUAACUCUCCUUUCUUCCACUACUAGUGAACACACACACACACACACACACACACACACACACACACACACACACACACACACACACAAACACACAAACAAACAAACACAGAAACCUAAUAAGUAGCUGAUGUAGCCUAAAAGGGAUGCCUUGUUUGUUUGGAACUCCAGUGUUACCACUGUAAAUUGAUUCAUACAAUUCUUGUACUUUCAAUUGCUACCAAACAAUAGACUGAUGUGGGAGAAAGUGUUUGCCACCUACUGUAUGUCUAUUGAAAGCAAAAUAAUGAUUUUCCGAGAGAGAUUUUAUUAUGUGGAAAGUGUAAAAUGGGCACCGUCAUUUAUUUUGUUAAAAGUCCUACUUUUUUAUGGUGUUCUUUGGGCCUAUUUAGCGUGACUUGCAGCUGCAAAGAGUGUAAUUGUAAUCUCUAGUAUUGCUUGCCCCCAGGGUGGCACAUAUCAGAGAAGCAUGCUAGUGAGGAAGAAUAGGAGCUACUAGAGAAAAGAGUUUGCUUAGUUUGCACAUACUGGACACUGCAGAAGAAAUUGUGACUCUCUGGUAAAGGGGUGCGUGGCACUGUAGCCUCCCAGCCCAGAUGGUAUUGGCAGUGACAUAGACUCAGACACAGAAAGCUGCAAGUUAAAUUGUGCUAAAGCGCUCUUUAUUAACACAAAUAAAUAAAACAAAACACAUUAACAACAUAAAAUGGCACAAGGGCCAAAACAAAUAGUCUACACAAACACUCAGACAUAAACAGGACACGGACAUGGACUUAAACACAGUACAGCACCACAGCAACACCAACCUACACACCAACAUUAACUCUAAACUAAUUUCAACACCCGUGAACACCUAUUUUAUACACCUGUGGCCACGUGUUUUGACAGGGAGAAAUGUAGCCCCCUCCCUGCCAACCCAAUAUUCCCCACACAAGCACGUGCAGUGGCAAGGCUUUUACACUGCCACAGGGCUUCAUAGCUUUCUCCUCUGCGUUAUCCGACCCCCUUACAGUGCAGUGCAACAAAGCACAGCAUUCUUCACCUCACAUUGAGAGAGCCAUUGGGCUUUUUAAUAGAGGUGCUAUCACAGGCUUAUUUCUAGUAUGUGGUUUGAAAGUCGUUGAUGAAGGACGAUGGGGGGUUAGGUACUGGAUCUGUUUAAGAAUAUCUGUAUAUAUAGAGAAUUAUCAAAAAAGUGUGGUUUUUUUGCAAUAAGGGCUGUAUCUGUGCCCACUAUCACUAACCUAAAGGGCACGAACUUCAACACAGGUUUCGGACAAGAUUGAUCAAGGGAAUGGGUGAGAACUACAUCUUACCUGGUUUUUGACAAACACCCCAAAAAGGUUAGAUUAAUUUUCAGAAAUUGUGUGAAAUAAUUGAGAGAAAGCUGUUUUUAUCAAUGUGCUGCUGCAGCAAGACUGACAUAUAUCUAAAAGGCCUACAAUUAGUCGACAUGCAUAAACCACUAGUUCUAGAAACUCCCAAUCACUGCUUCCACGUAUUAUCAAUGCUAUUUUCAUUACUUGCUAGUACUAUUAUUGUUGUUGUUAUUAAUUAUCAUUAUUUUUUAUUAUUUAUUUGGUCUUGUCCCUGAAUAUAGCACCUCGAUAAACCAGAAGAGAGGUUUUAUGUGCUUUUCAAGUAGUUCUGAGAAAAGUAAACAUCUAUAAACAUGUUAUUAGUAGGAUGAUUUUUUUAUUUUUUUUAUUUUUUUUAACAGUAUAAUCCAAUAGGACGUGUUGUCUUAAAGUAAAUACUGGUACACUGUUAAAGAUUUGUACUAAUGUCUUAGUUACAUGUUUUAUCAUAACAGGCUCAUAUUGUUAUAGCAUUCAUAAGAACGUAAGAGAAGUCUGGGAAUGAUAAUGAUAAAAGACCUUUUGACCCAAGGAUGCUCGUCCCUCCCUAGGACACCAUUUGCCUAGCUAAGGAGAUCUAAUUCAAUGGGACAAAAUCUGCUAUUUUUUAAUGUUCCUUGCAUUUUUAGAUGUUUUUAACUUCACUUUGUAGACUAUUCCCUGCAUUUAUAACUGUAAAAAAAGUGGUUCCUACUUUCCAUGUAUGCCCCCUGUGCUAAAUUUGUAGUGACUUGGGUUAACUUAUCUACACUAUUUAGGGUGUUUUAUAAACUUCAGAGUGAUCAAAUGAUGCACAUGAAUCAUUUUGCUUCAGAGGAGAAUAUAAGGUUCUUGUUUUUUUGUCAUUGCUAGCUGUCCUUUAGUGUGGGUCAACAUGUGUUAAUUAUCUGAAUCCCCACCACAAUAAACCAAAAUAAAAAGGGGUUCAUUGGUAGAGAGAACGGUAGGCAUUUACAAUAAAGGACCAUUUCAUUUCAGAUUGAUUCUUUCUUUAGAACUCACGUUAAUGAUGAACAAUAGUUUCUGUGUGUGUGUGUAUGUUUUUACACUAGCUCUGUUAAAUUAUAAUGAACAUUUACUAAAAAAAAUGUAAUCCAUUUUGUUUUAAGCAGCAAAUUCAGUCCUUCGUUAUCCCCUCUUAUCCCCUCAUAGACAGGUUGAAGUUUGUCAUGAAUCUCUGUUCUUCCACGCCUGGCUGUCUUUGAACCUGUAAUGACUGAACUGUUUUUCAAUGGGACCAGCUGAAGGUUUACUGCAGGUUGCCAUUGCUCCAUCCUUUCAACAGAUCCCUCCCUGUCAGAUGCUCUUUAAUGUAAUGUUGAUCAAGCUGCUUUUUUUUGUAAUAAAAAUUUAUGAAAAAAGGCAUUCUUUUUGU